GCCCAGAGAAUGCUACCCAGAUUGGGAAAAUGGGAAUCAACCUUUGUCCAUCCCCCACAGCCUACGGCUCUCCGGCGUCUCUCGAAGCCUCCGGAACAAACAUUCACUUCCCUAUAAAACCCUCUCCCGAUCCCCUGUUCUUCAACAAGAAAAGAUCAACCAAAGCAUUUCAGCUUGUUAGCUCAAUUCAAUCGAUUUCACGCACUUUAGAUUUCUUCGAUAAGUUUUUCAUCUCCAAUCAAUGGCGGGAAAAGGCGAAGGACCAGCGAUCGGCAUCGACCUCGGGACGACGUACUCCUGCGUCGGCGUUUGGCAGCACGAUCGGGUGGAGAUUAUCGCGAAUGAUCAAGGAAAUCGGACCACACCCUCUUAUGUUGCUUUCACCGAUACGGAGAGGUUGAUAGGUGACGCGGCGAAGAAUCAGGUUGCGAUGAAUCCAAUCAACACUGUUUUUGAUGCCAAGCGUCUUAUUGGCCGGCGAUUCUCCGAUCCUUCCGUGCAGAGCGACAUGAAGCUAUGGCCUUUUAAGGUUAUUCCCGGACCUGGAGACAAGCCCAUGAUCGUGGUAACCUACAAAGGCGAGGAGAAGCAGUUCUCACCUGAGGAAAUCUCCUCUAUGGUUCUCACCAAGAUGAAAGAAAUUGCCGAAGCUUUCCUGGGAAGAACUGUAAAGAACGCAGUCGUAACCGUGCCUGCCUACUUCAACGACUCUCAGCGCCAGGCAACCAAGGACGCUGGGGUCAUUUCCGGCCUCAAUGUCAUGCGAAUCAUCAACGAGCCAACCGCCGCAGCCAUUGCUUAUGGUCUUGAUAAGAAGGGCAGCAGCUCUGGUGAGAAGAACGUCCUCAUUUUUGACCUCGGAGGCGGUACAUUUGAUGUCUCUCUUCUCACCAUUGAAGAAGGCAUCUUCGAGGUUAAGGCUACCGCCGGAGACACUCACCUUGGCGGAGAAGAUUUUGACAACCGAAUGGUGAAUCACUUCGUUCAGGAGUUCAAGAGGAAGCAUAAGAAGGAUAUUAGUGGUAGUCCCAGGGCUUUAAGGAGGUUGAGAACUGCUUGCGAGAGAGCAAAGAGGACUCUUUCCUCCACUGCCCAGACUACUAUAGAGAUCGAUUCUCUUUACGAGGGGAUUGAUUUCUAUACCACCAUAACUCGAGCUAGAUUUGAGGAGCUCAACAUGGAUCUUUUCAGAAAAUGCAUGGAGCCGGUGGAGAAGUGUUUGAGGGAUGCGAAGAUGGAUAAGAACAGCGUUCAUGAUGUUGUUCUUGUCGGAGGAUCAACAAGGAUUCCCAAAGUUCAGCAGCUGCUGCAGGAUUUCUUCAACGGGAAAGAGCUGUGCAAGAGCAUCAACCCGGAUGAAGCUGUAGCUUAUGGAGCGGCCGUGCAAGCGGCAAUCUUGAGCGGAGAGGGGGAUGAUAAGGUGAAGGACCUUCUUCUUCUCGAUGUCACUCCCCUCUCUCUCGGCUUGGAGACGGCCGGAGGAGUAAUGACUGUUCUGAUUCCGAGGAACACCACCAUUCCCACUAAGAAAGAACAGGUUUUCUCUACUUACUCAGAUAACCAGCCAGGCGUGCUGAUCCAGGUCUACGAGGGCGAGAGAACCAGAACCAAAGACAACAAUUUGCUCGGAAAGUUCGAGCUUUCCGGUAUCCCACCUGCACCCAGGGGCGUGCCUCAGAUCAACGUGUGCUUUGACAUCGAUGCCAAUGGCAUCCUGAACGUUUCAGCUGAGGACAAGACUACAGGUCAGAAGAACAAGAUAACCAUCACCAACGACAAGGGAAGGCUCAGUAAAGAGGAGAUUGAGAAGAUGGUGCAGGAGGCCGAGAAGUACAAGUCAGAGGACGAGGAGCAUAAGAAGAAAGUGGAAGCCAAGAACGCUCUUGAGAACUACGCUUAUAACAUGAGAAACACCAUCAACGACGAGAAGAUUGGAGGGAAGCUGAAUCCAGCGGACAAGCAAAAGAUAGAAGAAACCAUUGAGAAGGCGAUACAGUGGCUGGAUGGUAAUCAGCUAGCGGAAGCUGAGGAGUUUGAAGAUAAAAUGAAGGAGCUUGAGAGUAUCUGUAAUCCCAUUAUUGCCAAGAUGUAUCAGGGUGCGGGUGGUGCCAUGGAUGAAGAUCUACCUCGUGGUGGCAGCAGCGGUGCUGGUGCCGGACCUAAGAUUGAGGAAGUUGAUUGAAGUUUAUGCCUUUGAGGGUUAAUGUCGUGUUGCAGCAGUGUUUGAAGUGUUUCGUUUGUGUGUUUUUUUUUUUUUUCGCCCUUCAUUUUUUACAUAAUCUACCUCCUAGUGUAAUCUAAUGUUCUAAUCUACUAUUCUGUGUUUAAUU